AUGUUGAUAUCAACCAUUGAUAAACAUUUUUAUAAAUUAAUUAUUCUGGUUAUCCUUCAAUUAAUUUCAUGUAAUGAUGCAUCAUCCUGUACAUUUACUAAAAAUAUAGAUUCGAAUGGAGUACAACAACAAUUACAAAUAGAAUUCUGGGGUUCUGAUAGUAUUCGAAUACGUCUUAGUCCAGAUGUAAUUAUUCAAACUCCAGAUUAUCAAGCAUUACUUCCUGAUAAACCAAUUGUAAAUAAAGAAGAUUGUCAACAAUUAAAUAGAAAUACAUUUAUUAAUGGUAAUAUUAAAUUUAUUCUCAAUGACGAUAAUCAAACAUGGUCAAUUCAACGUCAAUCAGAUGGACUUAUUUUAAUUCAAGUACAAUCAACUAGUUUUUCACCUUACAUUUAUCCAGUCUCUAUUUAUUCACCUACUUCUAAUCUUUACAAAUUAUCAUUGACAUAUACACAUGUUCAAAAUGGAAAUUUAUAUGGGUUAGGUCAACAUCAUUAUGGUCAUAAUCUAACAUUACCAUAUCAUAAUUUUCAUUUACCAUUUGUUUUCUCAUCAACAGCACCAACAAAUGAUCCAUUAAAAUCUACAUCACCUGAUAAUCAACUAACCAUUACAAAUAAUACAAUACCAAUAUUUUCAAUUCGAAAAAUUUAUAAAAACUUAAUUGUACUCUCUAUAUCAUUUGUUCUUUUAUUUACGGCUUAUAGUGGUAUGUCAACACUUCAAUCAAGUUUAAAUACAAAAAAUAAUGUUGGUGUUAAUUCUCUAAUUAUAACUUAUUCCUUUUUGAUUUUUAGUUCUAUAGUUUUUAUUGGUAUUUGUAUGGAUUUAUUUGGUCUUAAAUUUACGAUGAUAAUUGCUACAAUUGGUUAUAUAUUUUAUAUAGCUGCUAAUAUAAAACCUUUACCAGUACUUAUGUAUAUCAGUGCAGCUCUUGUUGGUUUAUCUGCAGCUCCAUUAUGGACAGCAAGUGCUACAUAUCUUAAUCAAAUAGCUCGUUAUCAUUCGCAACAUAAAAAUCAAACUUAUAAUAUAUCAGUUAGUUUAUUUUUUGGUAUAUUUUUUGCACUAACUGGUACAUCUUCAAUUUGGGGUAAUCUGAUAUCCUAUUUUGUACUUCAUCAAUCUAGUGUUGCACAAAAAAUAAAUUGUGGAAUUCAUUUUAACCCUACAUUAGCUUCACCAACAAAUACAACUCAGAAUGUAGAUGAUACAGCACGUUAUAUUCUUUGUGGAAUAUUUACUGGAAUGGGUUUACUAUCAAUGUUACUCUUAUUUUUAACACUUGAUUCAAUUGCAUUAACUCAAAAGCAAACUAUAAAACAAUUAUUAAAAAAAAGUCUUGAAGUUCUUUUAUCAUUAAAAGAAUGGAAACAUAUUGAUCAACUUUUUCUCAUACCAAUUACAAUGUGGACAACAAUUGAAACAGCUUUUUUAUCAGCACAAUUUACUCGAGGUUUUAUAACUUGUCUUGUUGGUAUUCGGUAUGUUGGACUUGUUAUGGUAUGUCAUGGAAUAUUUCAAUCAUUGAGUAGUUAUAUCUUUGGACGUCUUGUUAAAUAUACAGGCCGAAUAUUUGUAUUUAUCAUUGCUGCUUUAAUUAAUUAUGCGAUGAUUAUAUUAAUGUUUCUUUGGGAACCAAAAUCAAGUCAAAUGGUUUUAUUAUUUGUUAUUGCUGGAUUUUGGGGAAUUGCAGAUGCAAUUUGGCAAACACAAGUUAUUGCUACUUAUACAGUUUUUUAUUCGGAAACUGAUCCAAGUGCUUUAGCAAAGUAUCGUUUAUGGAAAUCAGUUGGUUUUGUGAUAAGUUUUAGUGUAACUUUUCAUAUAUAUAUAAAUUCAAAUGAAUAA